AUGAGGGCGAGACUUAGACAGGGCAUCGGUCUUGGUAUGCAAGGCAUUGCGAGGGCUCGUUGCAGCAGCUGUCUUGACCAGCGCAGGCCGUCACAUUCCCUACAGGGACUCCAAGCUGACGCGCAUGUUGCAAGACUCGCUCGGUGGCAACUCGUAUACCGUGAUGAUUUGUAA